AUGUCUUAAUCAAAGUAGUAAAUUACUAAAACAAAGUCUGUUCUUAAAAGACCUGAUAAGGCAUUCGAAAGUUUUGGAAAUAAUUCCAAAUCAAGUGUUUAAAAGUUAGGAAGCUGCUCAAGUUUAUCAAAAAGUUUAAAUAACAGUUUUGUUUAGCAUUCUUAAGAAUCAAUUUACAGAAAUUACAACCCAAACAGAUUAAGGAUUAAUAAUGAAAAUGAAAAUAAUUUUUCAACAAUACAAGCUAGUUCUUCAAGAUAGAGAGAACUAAUUUGGACAUUUGAGGAUCAGUCAAAAAGAUAACAAAAAAUAGGUUAAUUAGAAUCUUCUAACGUAGUUCGUAGCUUAUCAGCUGUUGAAAAAGUUAAAAUGCUUGAAUCUAAAAGAUUAGAAUUAGAACCUAAAAUAAAAAGAUCAGAGAUGACAGAAACUUAAAAAUAGUUAGUACAGUAAAGAAAGAAAAAUGUUUAACUUAUGAAUUUGCUGAGAAACUUAGAAAAUUAAAUUAAUUCAAAAUUUAUAAAUAUUGUAAAGCUGAAAAAAUUAAAUAAAGAAUAUGAAUAAGUAUAUGAAAACACGUAGAAGAUUUACACUGAAAGAGUACUUGUAAAGAAUUAGUUUGCUAUUUAAUGCAGUGAAUUUUUAGAGGAAUUAAAAGAUGUUUCUGUGAGUGCAUAAAUUAGUGUUAUUCGCUAAAAUUAAAUGAGAUAUUAAGAAGAGCAAAGAUAAAUAGAGAAGUAAGCACAAAUUCAGGCAGAUGAAGAAGAAAAAAUGAAAAAAGAUAUAAUGGAAUUAGAGAAUAAGUUAAAAGGUAUUAAAUUAGAGGUUGAAACACUUUCUUAUGAGCAUUCUUAGCAAUUAAAGAAAAAGUAAGAAAUAGAGAUUGGCUACAACGAAAAGAUGUUUGGUUGCAUGAAAUAGUAUAGAUAAAUAAGAAUUCUUUUUGAUUAAAUUUCAUGUAUUAAGAAAGAUUUUAAAACAAUAUGCUACAUUGCAAACAAAAAGAUGAAAACAAAUUUAGUAUUUAACUAUGAACCAUAUUAUAAAAUCAAGGAUAAAAAGAUAUUAGAAAUAUACCUACCUGAUAAGUUUAGCUCUCUUUCUUAGUCUUCUCAGUCUCAAUCUUAAAUAUCUAGUUAAAAUAAGUUUUCAUAAAUUUAAUCGCAAUUAAAAAUUUAAACUUUUAAGUUAGCGACAUUACCAAAAUUUAAUUACAUCUUAACAAACGAAUUUACUCCAUUAUUUCCUGAUUUAAAUAGCAAACUUAGCUUAGAAUUAGAGCUGUUCUUUAAAGGCUCUGUAUACAAAAAUAUUAAAUCCAUAUUAUCUUAAUUAAGUUUUAAUAGUUUAGAGUAUGAAUAUGUAUUUAACUGGAUAUAAAAUUAAAAUAACAAUCAAAUUAAUUCAGAAGGAACUGAUGAAAAUUCUUUAGGUUUCAAUAUUUUUGAAUCAUUUGUUGACAUUGUUAGGAAAAAAGAUUAAAAUAAUUAAUAAGGAAAUCAAUAAAAUGCAGUUUAUCCACCAAAUUUAAUACUUUUAAUGGGAGAUAAAGAUAGAGGAGCAUUCAGUUGUCUAAUAGAUAAUAUUAAUUAUUUACUUUAAUUUAACAAUAACCUUUUGAGUGUAAAGGAAAUUUAGUACUAUUUAAACUAUUUAGAUGAAGAAAGUUCAGAGCCUGAAUAAUUAAAUCAUGAUGAAUUACAAGAAAGAUUUGAGUUAGAACUCAAAGAAAGCUUAUAUUAGCAAACAAUUUGUAUAAGUAUUAUCUUAUUUGUUAGCUAACAGGAUUAUAAUCCUAAACAAUAAAAGCAAACAUCUAGAGCUGAAGGUUAUAAAAAAUAAAUAAAUAUCAUAUUUAUGAAUAACUAAAUACCUAAUAAACAACAACUAGCAAAAAAUAUAAUUGCCACUGCUAAUAAAGAAAAAAUUCUAUAAUAGAAAGAUAAAUUAAUAGAAAGGAUGGAGCCUUUCAUUAGAUCUGCAGAAAAAAGAAUUAUGAUAACAGAGCUUCCUAAUUUGAUAAAAUUUAACGAUAAAUCGAUAGAUAAAUAUAAUCUUAUUAAAGAUAUACUUAACUUUAAUAUAGGGUUCGAAACAAAAUGA